AUGUCCGAAACAACAGCAAUGAAAAAUUCAGUAAAUCGUAUUCAUGUAGAUGACUUAGAUGAACAAACAUAUAAAAAUCUCAUACCAUAUACAUCGAAUAUGAAAACAACUAAAACAUUUUUAUAUGCUACUAUUGAUAUGAUACUUCGUUAUAUAACUGAAAUGAAUGAGCAUGAUUCACCUGUUAUUAAAAAUGGACUUCGUACACCGGCUGAAUAUCGAAAAAUGUUUACAUUUGAUAUAGAUGAUGAAAGCAUUAGUUUAUAUGAUAUACUUGCGAAUUGUGAACGUAUUCUUGAAACAACUGUUCGAUCAGGUCAUCCUCGUUUUAUCAAUCAAUUAAGUCAAGGUGUUGAUAUAAUAUCACUUGUAGGUGAAAUUAUAACUUCAUCUGUUAAUGCAAAUAUGUUUACAUAUGAAGUCGCACCAGUUUUUAAUCUAAUGGAAGAAAGUGUUCUUGCUCAUAUGCGUCAAUGUUGUGGUUGGUCAAAUAAAGAAUCAUUAUUAAAAAAUGGUGAUGGAGUUUUAGCACCAGGAGGUGCUGUGUCAAAUUUAUAUGCAGUAUUAGCAGCUAGACAUUAUGCAUAUCCACAAAUAAAAAAAUAUGGUAUUCAAAGUGGAUUACAUCCGGCUAUGGUUAUCUCAAAACAUUGUCACUAUUCAAUGAAACGAGCUGCUGCCAUACUUGGUAUAGGAACAGAUCAUGUUUAUGAAGUCGAUCCAGAUGAAUCUGGUCGAGUAUCAGCUGAAAAGAUGGAAGAAAAAAUACUUUAUUGUCAACAAUUAGGAUUUUCCGUAUUUUUUGUUGGUAUUACAGCAGGAACAACAGUUUUCGGUGCAUUUGAUCCUAUUGAAGAUAUUGUAGUUGUUUGUCGUAAAUAUAAAAUUUGGCUUCAUGUUGAUGGAGCAUGGGGUGGUUCAGCAUUGUUAUCACCAAAAACAAAACAUCUUCUUCAAGGUAUUGACAAAGUAGAUUCAUUUACAUGGAAUCCUCAUAAACUAAUGUCAGUUCAUCUUCAAUGUUCAACUUUUUUAAUAAGACAUUCGAAUGUUCUUAUGGAAGCCAAUCAAAUGUUUGCCGGUUAUUUAUUUCAACCAGAUAAACAUUAUGAAACAUCACUUGAUACAGGUGAUAAAACAAUUCAAUGCGGUCGACAUGUUGAUAUAUUAAAAUUAUGGCUUGGAUGGAAAGCUCGUGGUCAACAAGGUUAUGCUGAACAUAUUGAAACAUUACUUGAAAAAGCAAAUUUUUUCUACGAAACAAUAUCUAAACGUGAACCAUUUUUUCGAAUGGUUAUAAAACCACCAUUUAUUAACGUUUGUUUUUGGUAUAUUCCGCCCAGUUUACAAAAUAUUGAUCAAACAUCACCUGAAUAUAACGAACGAUUGAAUAAAAUAGCACCUCGAAUUAAAGAACGUAUGAUGACAAAUGGCACAAUGAUGGUUGGUUAUCAACGCCUUGAUCAUCAUCCAAAUUUUUUUCGUGCAAUUAUAUCGAAUCCAGCAACAACAAAAGACGAUAUUAUUGCUAUGAUUGAUGAAAUACAUGAACUUGGACAUGAUCUUUGA